GUAUUUAGCUGCCACGGUAGAUAAAGACUGUUUUGUUUCGUCGCUUUGCUGUUUCAGCGACUUUUCUCGGAUUUUCAAUUGUCAUCUUUGUCUUUGAAGAUAUUCUGGAAUUCCCACAAUGGCAGAACAAUGUGACGUCAGAAUCGAAUUGACUACGUCACACGAGGAUUGGGCACUUGUUCGAGAAUGCUACGUUCAAUCUUUCCAUCGAUACCCGCUGUAUAAGUACAUGAUUCCCGAUGAUAAUAAGAGGGACGCCUUCCUUCGCGCUUAUCUCGACGCUAACUAUGACGUCACAGUCGCCACUGGUCAAGGCAUUCUUCUUAGAAUUGGAAUCCCGAGCAUCGCUUGCAGCGAUCGAAACAAUAACAGAAAUUCUGCGGGCCCCGACAGCUCCCGAACCCCGCUAAAGAUUAUUGGAGGAGUCGUGUUCGUUCCUCCAUCACGUGACGGUCACGGUUGGGCGAUUACAGACGACGAGCCUUACUGGGAAGCUUACGAGAAACAUGGACUCGCUAAAAUCAGCGCAGAAGGAUUCGAGAGAGUCAAAAGAUACGAGGCGUGGGAAAAUGAAAACAUUUGCCGGAAGUUAUCCGGAAGUCGAAUCCCGAUGUGGAACGGACUCUUCUGCGCGAUCUCACCCGAGUACUCGUCCAAAGGACUCGGGAGCGCUGUUUAUAAAGAAGCGAUUCGAAUCAUGGCUCAAUACUGGGUGAAGCAACAGAAAGAAUCCCGAGCUCAGCUUUUUAGAACAAGACCUCAGAGUGAGCGGUUGGUCAGAAACGAUUCGCAAUUGCUUGAACCAGCAAAGGAAAACAAAGGACUUUUCGGGAGACUUUGGCAAAACUUUUCCCUGAAAGAAAUCCACCGCUAUGCUCUCCUCAGUCACAGAGCGUUACCACAAGCAGCGUUCAUGCAGAAGCCGAGGUCGAUACAGCAGCAACAUUCGUCUGCAGUUGCAACCAAACCCACCGAAAACCAAACCAAACCUAACGAUGCCAUCCGCGCCAGAGACAUUGUUGGCAACCCUUCAGCGCCCCUAGUGGUCGCCGUCAGUCAUAGCGACAGAGCCGCGCGCUUCCACGAAGCAAACGGGUUUCACCCAAUCGCACGAACCCCCUACCAUGACGAAGUCGAAGGGACUUCACCCUUUUACACCCAUGUUUUAGUCCUGGACCCGUUCAGAACGGGCAGGGUAAACGAGUUGGGAAACUCCAUAAAUGAAACAAUCACCCCAUACCCCAACAUGCAUGCAACACCUUCUAUUCUUACUUAAUAACCAGCAUUGUUACGUCACAAAUACUUUGCAUUGCUCCAUUAUGAAUCAUCUUCAAGCAUUAACAAUCGUCAUAAACAAUUGUCAUUGUUUCGUCACGCAAGUUCCCUUUCUUUCACUUUGCAACUUCAUUAUAACGUCAUAAUCUGCCCAGUCACGUCACAAUUUACACCAUUCCAGAUUCACAGCUCGCUUGAUCAUUUCAUUCAACAGAAAUCUUAUAUAAUUAAAAAAAUAUAUGAUUUUUCUGGCAAACCACACGUAAGCACAUAUUUUCAUAUUUGUAUAUUUGUUAGUUUCUGCUUCCAUUUUGCUUUUAUCAUCUAUUUCCUUUCUAUUCCGCUUUUGCGUAGAUUUUAUAUUGAAAUAAAUUUGUAAAAAAUGUUACCACCCAAA